UUCGAGGGAAAAUUGAGACGCCGCAUAAAUGUGAACCUAGUCAAUAUGGCUGCGCCCACAAGAAUCACGUUUCGUAGCUUAACAUUAUUUCUCGGCGACGUUUAAAGUCUUAUUCGAGCGGUCAAGGUAUCAGUGAAAAUGCUUAAGAAACUUGCAACAAUGUGGCAUCAGUACAAAUAUAGGUUUGUCCCUUGGAUUGCGGUAAACUUGAGGAACAGAAAAUUAAGAAGUGUUCCAAAAGGAUUAUCGGAUAAAGUAAUUACAGAUGAAGUGUUGCAAGAAUGCAUAGUGAGAUUUUUCACUGCUUUAAACAGUGUAAAUGAGUGCAAUAGAUUAAGUGAUAUUAAUCAGCAAAUUUUAGAGACUGGAAAACAUUAUUCUGAUAACAUGAGAAUGAAUGACCUCUCAAAAGAAAGUAAUUGUAACAAAAAUGACAAUCUUUUACUGACAAAAUUUGAAAGCAUUGUGAAAAAUGAAGAAAACGUGGACAUCACUGUUUUAUAUAAGAGAAAUCUGAAAAUCAUGAAGACAGUUUUAGGAUUUUCCAUUGAAAGAACGGCAAGUUAUCUAAAAGAUGGUGGCUAUGGGGUUCAAGUCACGGAUGGGACAGUCCCAAAAGGAGCUGUUGUGGCACUAUAUCCAGGAACAAUUUAUGAACCUUUUGAGCCAAUCUUCUUCCAGUCUCUCCAUAAUCAGUUUAUAUUCCGUUGUAUUGAUGGGGUAUAUAUUGAUGGUAAUGACAGGGGAAUUUCUAAGAUGAUAUACAGAUCUUCAGCAUUCAGAGACCGUCUAAGUCUUGAGAGUACAUAUGACCUGACGUGGUUAACCCAGUAUCUUGUCAAUCCAAUGGCAGUAGGACAGUAUGUAAAUAAUCAGUCUAAUGAGUAUCCUGCAAAUGUUGCCUACCAGGAAUUUGAAAUCACCAAUUCUUUCCCUCAUUCUUUGAGAAAGUAUCUGCCAAAUGUCCAUUACAGUCCCUAUAGUAUGGAAAGCCACAUGUCAGAAAGAAAUUUAAGAGUUGUGGCAUUGAUAUCUCUGCGAGAAAUUCAAAAGGGAGAAGAAUUAUUUUCAUCGUAUUUCACGGUGGUACAUUCAUAAGGAUAUGUCAGUAACAUGUCACAUGAGUCCUAAGUAUGAUUAACUCAUACCACUUCAACACAGGUGUGAAAAUACCAGUAUGCUUCUUUUACUGCAUUUGACUUUAUUCAGUUCACUUAAAGGUGUCAUGAGUCGACUUCAAGAGCUAUUUGGAUGACUCGUCUAACACAUGGAUGUUAAAAAUUAUUAUUUACAUUUUGAUAAAACUUUUAUCAUUUACAUUUUGAUGAAUCAGCUUAUGAUAUGGAGAUAAAAAGUUUCAGCACCUCCACACUUACAUAUCCAUUAUAAUUCAAUAAAACCAUCGUCCAGAUCAUCAAGUAGGGACAAAAAGUUCUGAACAAUCACUUAACCAAGUUGAACUGCAACUAGCAAUGGUUUAUUGAAAUAGCAAAGAACAUUGUUCAUUUUGGACAUUUUUGGUGCCAUUUUUGGUUGUAGAAACUGCAAGUUUUUCUACACUGCUACAACAAUGAGAUCCGGUAUGUUAUUGCUUUAUUGUUAUUGUUUAUUUACUUCUAUACUUGAUGUUAAAAGAUACAGUUGAAAAAAAUAAAGUUUGUUUAAUCGGGCAAAGAACUGGACUGCAGGCAAAAUAGCUAACAGGUUAUUUCAAAAUCCUGUCAUCAUCAGAUGCAAUGGAGAGGUAUCACAGAAUAAUAAAAUCAUGGCGAAU